ACGUUGCUGCGCAUGCGCGCUGCCGGUCCCAGCGAGCGCGAAGAUGGCGGCGUGCAGCAGCGAGGUCCGCGUCGGAGAUGUGGAGGAGGACGCGUCGCAGCUUGUGUUUCCCAAAGAAUUUGAGAGCUCUGAAACUCUGUUGAACUCUGAAGUCCACAUGCUGCUGGAGCACAGGAAGCAACAGAAUGAGAGCGCUGAGGAUGAGCAGGAGCUGUCUGAGGUCUUCAUGAAAACGUUAAACUAUACAGCCAGGUUCAGUCGCUUCAAAAACAGGGAGACCAUUGCGAGUGUCAGGAGUCUGCUGUUACAGAAGAAAUUGCACAAAUUUGAGCUAGCCAGUCUGGCUAAUUUAUGUCCUGAAACGGCUGAAGAGGCCAAAGCUCUUAUUCCCAGUUUGGAAGGUCGAUUUGAGGACGAGGAGCUCCAGCAGAUUCUCGAUGACAUUCAGACCAAACGAAGCUUUCAGUAUUAACAUCACUGGCUCCGACUAACAGCUCUUUCCAGCUCUUGCCGUCUGGAGAUUGGCACUGGUGUUCAACAUUGGCACUGGAAUUUUAAAAAGUGAAACUGGAGAAACUGGGUCACCUGCGGAAGUAAUAAUCCCGUGGGUUAUUUCUGCAUUGAAAAUCACUUAGCACAAUCUAUGAACCUCAAUGCAAAUAUACUCUGGAAUUACAGUUUUUGUUCAAGAAAAAAGAUAUUUUUUCAUUCAGAUGUCCAGGUGGCCUUGUGUGUCAAUUUUAUAACUGUCACUACGGACAAACUGAUAUCUUGUAACUCAUUCUUGGCACACUGGCUCAUUUUUGUUUUGUUAUUGUGCUGACACACAUUGGACCCUUGAUUACGUCUUUUUUUGCCUGAAAGAAUUUGGACGGGAACUGAAGUUGUUUGAUGACCACUGUUCAGAGCCCCACGAGAUCUUGGAAUGCAUAUAUUGAUCGUGACAAUCAAGUCACAUUGCAUCUGUAUUUUAUAUCAUUAUCCCAGAUACUGCAUUUGUGCGGAUAUUUUGUAAGUUACAUUAGAAAGACAUAUUUAAAGAUAAUACAGGUUGCGUUCUGGUGGUUUUUGAAGUCACGGGGUUCUGCUGGGUUUGGUUCCGUUGUUGUCCUUUAACUGGCUUGCUGUUGAACCUUCAGAGUAGGUUGUUGUGUAGGUCACUUUUCUCAGCCCAGUCUGUCAUCACUUUAUUUUCAGCAGGAAUCGAUGAACAGAAUGACCGAUGAAUUGGUCACUUAUGGUUGAUUUCUGGAGGAGAGAGGUUAAGGCUAAUUAUUCUGAAGAAGGGUCUCGACCCGAAACCCUUUCCUUCUCUCCAGAAUGCUGCCUGUCCUGCUAAGUUACUCGUUAUUUGUGUCUAUCUUCAAGGCCAAUUGUUCACCUCCCUCACUGGAUAUCAUCUCAACCGAGACUAAUUAUAGCUCGGAUUGAACCAGGGAUGUGUGCUUGCAAUUUGUAAGGGUGGCCUGAUCUCUCUCAAAAUUUGAGUUAGAUUAAAAGGUUUGAUGACAAUAUUUGAUGUAAUACAUUGUUUUUCUAAAUCUAAUUUGAUAUAGAGUGAACUAGAAAAUGAUAAGCAAGAACAAAUGUGCCUUUCACGUGUGUUGUCUUCACCUGUAUUAUAGUUGAAAUAAACUGCCCUAGAGUUGGUCAAAAAGGAAAGUUCACUACUGCAGACAGGUCGGACAGAAUGAGGUCAUUCAGAACGUCUGAGUCCAUGCCAGAUCCCAUACCUUCAACUCACUAAAUUAGUUUGUUCCCUUUUUAUCUAUGCAACAGUUUGGGGUGGCCAGUUAACCAACGUGCUGUAUUUGGGAAAUAGGAGGACACCAGAAAACAUAGCAAAAAAUCAAACCGUCCGAUGGGAAAUGCAAACUUCACAAGGCCGGCACCCAAGGUCAGGACUGAACCCAGAUCCAUGGAGCUGUGAGGUGGCACUACGAUAUGCUAUGCCAUCUUAAAUAACCUUGCUUUUUGACCUAACAGUUCACGAUAUCCUAAUAAGACAUAUCCAAACUCAGCUGUGAUAGGUCUGUCCACUUUGGUAUUCUUCCAGAUAGUAGAUGGAUGACCAAAAUUUGUUUUCAAAUACCAUCUAAUGGAGCAGUAAACAUUGAUCCAAAAUGUUCUGGCAGGAGCUGACUUCAUUGUUCAGCUGCUUCUGAUUUUCAUUGUUAUUUGUUCUCUCUGGGUUUGUGGCCAAAUAUUACUGAAUAUUUGGGAGAAUUGACUCCCAACGUCUUGUAGGUGAACUUUAAAUGUUAACGUAGAUGAAUGAGAUGGGUACAGGGGUAAGAAAAAUAAAUGGACACGACUGGACUUUGUAAAAUGCCAAAUUAAAGAAUUGUAUUCCAUUAAAAAUAAUAUUUUAAAAAUAUAAAUCAAAUCAAUUGAGAAAAAUAAAACUGAAGGUACAUGAAAGG